AUGGCUGGAAACACUGGCACCUGGCAUGAAACGAGCGUGCAAGCUGCACAGGACCACCGAACCACGUACCAGGUCACCACCGCCGUAGGGGGCCAGAAGCGUCCAGUCGAGGUCCCGAAUGCAGCGGCCGCUGAUAAGCAUCGGGCCACGAAGAGAGUUGCCUCCUUUCGGACGGCUGCAUCUGUCACCUCGGCACUGCCAAGUCUGGUGGCCAGCGAGGUCACGAGGCAUCCAUCUGCGGCGACGCGGGGUGGCACCGUGGAUGGCCUGUCGGAGUACUCGCAGAGGAAACAAUUCCCCUCCACCCCGACGCCAGCCCAUGAUGCACAGCUAAGAUUGUCUCAUCCCGCUUAUAGGCUCCCAGCACCGCUGGUGGCCAACCUCGAAUCGCUCGGCAUCAAAAGUAUAUACCCCUGGCAGAAGCAAUGUCUCCUGCAGCCAGGCCUUCUCCAGGGCAAGAGGAACCUCGUCUAUACUGCACCGACAGGCGGCGGAAAAUCCCUUGUUGCAGACGUCUUGAUGGUCAAAAGAGUGCUUCAAGACAGGGACGCCAAAGCCUUGCUGGUCCUGCCCUAUGUCGCUCUUGUCCAAGAGAAGGUCCGUUGGCUGAGGAACGUGGUCAGCGGUAUCUCGAGGGCGGCCAUUACUGGGCCGAUCAAAGAUUCCGAGCGCAGGCUCUGGAGGAAGCGUGCAGACGAGGACACCGUCAGAGUUGUUGGUUUCUUCGGCGGAAGCAAGAUCAAGCAGACGUGGGCCGACUUCGAUAUCGGUGUGUGCACCAUGGAGAAGGCAAACGCACUUGUCAAUGGCGCAAUCGAUGAUGGUUCCUAUACUCAGCUCAAGGUCAUCGUGCUCGAUGAACUUCACAUGAUUGAUGACGACCACCGCGGCUACCUGCUUGAGCUCAUGGCGACGAAGCUGCUCUCUCUGGACGAUGCCGUGCAGGUCAUUGGUAUGAGCGCCACACUCACAAAUAUCAAGCUUCUUGCAGCUUGGCUUCAUGCGCAUUUUUACGAAACCGCCUACAGGCCUGUGCCGAUUGAGGAACAUCUAGUUUACGAUGGCAAUGUCUAUGCAGCUGAGACAACGAGCGGCUCCAUCAGGGCGGCAACACAAGCAAAUGGCGGAAGCCAAGAUAGCCUACGGGCGAGGCCGGAUGUGCUGGGCUCCAUCGCCCCAUCUGCUGCGAAAGAGUUACAGGAUCCUGUGCUGAACUCGGUCGUUGCGUUGGCAUGUGAGACGGCUCGCGCUGGCUAUGGUGUGCUGGUGUUUGCGGGCAGCCGCGCUGGCUGUGAGUCCGAUGCGCUGACCAUCAGUCGCACCAUGCCUCUUCUGAGUGAGAUGAACGUAGAUGCCCAGGAAAAGCGAGCAGAUCUGCUUGGAGAUCUUCGGAGCCUGCCGGGUGGCCUAGAUGCGACACUCGAGCAGACAAUCCCAAGAGGAGUCGCUUUCCAUCAUGCCGGGCUCACUAUUGAGGAGCGAGAGCUGAUCGCCAAUGCGUACGACUGUGGGAUGAUUAAAAUCUGUGUGGCCACUUGCUCCCUGGCAGCGGGCAUCAACCUGCCGGCGAGGCGUGUGAUCCUACACAAUGCCCGCAUGGGUCGCGAUCUCGUGGGACCUGCCCUGCUGCGCCAGAUGAGGGGGCGAGCUGGUCGGAAAGGCAAAGACGAGGUUGGGGAGACAUAUCUCUGCUGUCGACAGGGGGACCUUGAAGAUGUCGAGGACCUGAUGCGAGCAGAUCUGCCUCAGGUGGCGAGCUCUCUCAGCACCGACAAGCAGCGCAUACAGAGAGCACUGCUCGAGGCCGUUGCUGUACGGCUUGCCACCAGUCAGGAAUCACUCGACGAUUACAUCCGGCGGACACUGCUCUACCACUCCAUCGACGUCGAAAAGAUCCACGACCUCGUCAAGACCAGCCUCUCGGACUUACAGUCAAGAGGCUUCAUCGCCAUCGACCAGUUCUCCAACUUCGAAGCAACGCAGCUGGGCAAGGCAAUCGUGACCUCGUCGCUUGACCCGGAAGACGGCAUCUUCAUUCACGAGGAGCUGAAGAAGGCGCUUCGAGCUUUUGUGUUGGAUGGCGAGAUGCAUAUCCUCUACAUGUUCACACCCGUCCAGAAUAUGUCGGUCACCAUCAACUGGAAGGUCUAUUCCAUUGAAAUGGAAGGUCUUGAUGAGAGCGGCAUGCGGGUACUCGGCUUUCUGGGGUUGAAACCCACGGAGAUUAUCAGGAUGUCGCGUGGAGGCACGAUGAAGACCUCAACCACCCAGGAGAAGGAACUCAUCCGUGUCUACCACCGCUUCUACCUCGCGCUGCAGCUUCGUGAACUCUGUAACGAGAUGCCCGUGCACCGCGUGGCGCAGAAGUACGAGGUGCCGCGUGGGACUGUGCAGACGCUGGCGCAGACCUGCCAGGGCUUUGCAGCUGGCAUGAUCAAAUUCUGUGAGCAGAUGGGCUGGGGUGUCAUGGCCGCCGCGCUGGACCACUUCUCGGACCGGCUCAAAGCCGGCGCAAGGUCGGACCUGCUAGAGCUGGCUAGGAUCACAUUUGUCAAGAGCAGGACCGCGCGCGUCUUUUGGGACAAUGGGCUGCGGAGUGUGGCUGCGGUCGCAAACGCAGAUCCUCAGGAGCUGGUGCCCAUACUGAUGCAAGCGCAGCCAAACAAGCUACGUCUCGAGGCCAAGGACGAGGAAAAGUACAAGGAGAAGUUGCUGAACAAGGCGAAUGUCAUUGCAAACUCUGCAAACAAGCUUUGGCAAAUCGAGCUGCAGCAAGACAUGGACGAGGAAUGAUAGUAAGUGAUCUAGACCCAGAGCUCACCGCUCAAGUCUACCUCCAAACCGGAUCGGAGGCAUCGGCAAGUUCGUUGUGUUUCGUUGUGGAUAAAGGGUGGUAUCUGUGCAACUCUCUCGUCCCAAUCAAUGCGUUACUGCUAG